AUGGCUGAGGCAGUAGUUCAAUUACGUUGCGGCGUGAAGAAUGAUUUGUGGGGAAAGAAAGGAAAGGAGUCUAUGGCUGCCCAGCUAUGGUCGAAGACGCCGGACAAUGCACAGAUCGAUGACUCCAAAAAUUACUCAGAGAUGUGGAUGGGCACAUACCCUUCCAAUCCAUCCUAUCUCCUGUCAACAGGCGAACAUCUGGGAGAGUACCUAAAGAAGAACCCGCAGCUUGUCGGAAAAUCCGUUCACGAUCGAUGGGGACCAGAGAUUCCUUUCCUACCAAAGAUCCUCUCAUUUAGCAAAGCCCUACCUCUACAAAUCCACCCGGAUCUCAGUCUCGCCGCGAAACUACACAAAGAAGAUCCGAAUAAAUUUGGCGAUACAAUGCACAAGCCAGAGAUCGCAAUCGCGCUGUCAAAAUUCGAGCUCUUCGCCGGCUGGAAGCCACUGAAAGACAUCCAAGCCCUAUUCGAACUAAACCACCUGGGAAAGUUCGUGCCAAAGCCAGGACAAUUCAACGACGGGACCCUACGACAAACAUGCAAGGCCUUGCUGAGCGCACCACCGCAGACAAUCGCAGAGACAACCAAAGACCUACAAGCAAUCCCAGAAUCCCAAUUAGGAUCGCACUCCUACAUUCCAAGUCUGCUCGCUCGACUGGUCAAACAAUACGGCGAAGGCGACAACGGCAACCUCGUCGCCGCCCUCCUGAUGAACUAUUUAACCCUAGGGCCAGGAGACGCAGUCUUCGUCCCAGCAGAUAGCAUCCACGCCUACCUAGAAGGCGACAUAGUAGAAUGCAUGGCGCGCUCAGACAACGUCAUCAACACGGGUUUCUGUCCAGCCGCAGAACGCGACAGUGUCGAGCUAUUCGGGCAAGCGCUCACUUUCGUGCCUCACAGCGCGCAAGAAGCAUUGCUGCCGCGGAAAAAGAGUGACAAGGGCAUGAAUGGCAAGACAGACGUUUACGCGCCGCCUAUCAGCGAGUUCAAUGUUCUGUAUACUACACUUGGGGCUGGCGAGAAGGAGACGCAUAAGUCCAUUUUGGGGCCGAGUUUGAUGAUUGUUACUAAGGGCUGUGGUCACAUGAAUAUUCCUGGUGACAAGAGUGUCGAGCUGAAGGAGGGUUGGGUUUUCUUUGUUGGGCAAGGUGUUGCGUUGGAAUUUGCCACUGACAAGGGCAUGGCUGUGUAUCGUGCGUAUGCGGAGUAG